AUGGACGUCGAACUCAGGUUCCGCACGGAAGGCAACGCGAACGUUAUCUUUAGGAUCGCGGCGCUGGAUUCCUCUCGCGACGCCGGUUCCGACGAGCCCAAACUCGACGUGCGCAACACCGAGACCUAUGGCGCCCUCGAGCCGGACUGGUGCCACAGCGACGACCCGUGCAAGCAGCGCCGCUACAAUUGCGAGAUGCGCAAGAAACGCCGCGAGCUGCUCGCCGCCUACGCCGACAACGGCCACGUCCAGCGCACCCACGACUUCAUCCGCGCCGUCAACCAGCACAACCUGACCAGCGCCGGCGACACCCUGCUGCGCCUGAAGAAGGAGAUGCCCUUCUACCAGGACGACGAGACCACCUACAACUUCUACAUCAACACCGUCGCCGAGUGGAUCCCCCCGCGCCAUCUGGUCGAGCAGGACCUCAUUAACAUUGGCAACGACAUCAUCGACCAGUGCAACCGCGAGCUGCGUCUCCAGGAAAGGACGGGCAAGCGUGAUGCGAACCGCCACGGCACCUCUCUGCACGCAACAGACAAGGCCCUGGUGCUGCGGGAUAUGGAGAGCGACGACCCACAAAAGAGCGUGACGCUGGAAUUCAAGCCGAAGUGGCUUUGGCAAUCGCCCCAUGCCCCCGAGGGCGCAACCCGCUGCCGCACCUGCGCGCUGCGCGCUAAGCGCAUGAGCGAGGGCAAGAAGGAGUCGAAAACCCACGGCGUCCAGUGUCCCCUAUCGCUCGCUACCGGCGAGCCCUCCCUCGUCAAGGACGCCAUUGAGAUGUUAAUUGACAACCACGAGAAUUACGUCGGCUGCAGACCGACGUGGCUGCAGCCUCAGAAAACACGUCGCAGCUCGACAUUUCCUCUCCAGCGACCGGCCCCGAAAUCGCGCGAGGAUCUCAUUGCUAUCCUGCACGACCAUUUCCAGAAAAAGCCCGAUGGCACGAAAGGAGAAGGAUACCGCGUUCUUGAGGGCCUGCGCAAUUUGCAGAGAAUGUUGGACCCACGCGGCAUCCUAAGCUACAAAGGAAACCCCCCCGACGACGAUUUCCUCCUGGCAAUGACGCUUCGCGACUGCUCGCUUUAUGUCCAAGUCCACUGGGACAGUCGGCGCGUCGAAUCACGGCUAGGCGACCUCGAUCCCAAGGUCGCCAGGGGUGGCAAACUCGAGCAAUGGCGCGAGACGGAGCGGGGGCUGCUGAACGGAGGCUGGUACUUCGCGACACCAGGAGAUGAGACAUGUCUCCUAAGCAGGAAAGACCGCCCAUCUCCCACCCGCCGCCCUUCACGCGCACCAACUUGA